CUUCAGGUAAUGAUCCCGUGAGCUGCGUCUAUUGUCAUUGACUUAAAGAAGACUGAAAUUUAUCUGAAUUUGAAUGCAUAGAAAUUGAGUAUAGAUCUGGAAUAUUAGAGCUGUUUUUGAAGAUGCGUGAACUCAGCGUUCUGAUUGUGGUGGUCCUAGGCGUGCAUCUUGUUUCAGCUCAGCAAUUCGCCACGUUGAUGAAGCAAUGUCACGAGCAGUUUCUGGACCGCUUCAACGAAUGCUUCAUCAGCGCCGUGAAGCGCAUGCAGCCCACUCUCGUCAAAGGCAACCCGGAGCUGAAUGUGCCCAGCUUGGAUCCUCUUCACAUGGGCAACAUCUCAUUCACGCAACGUGAAGGACCGGUCACAGUCGACGCCUUCUACUCCGAUGUCGCCGUGUCCGGUGUGGCUGAUUUCGACAUCAAGUACUUAGACCUGAACCUGCAGAAUGGCUCCAUGCUUUUUGGCGUCACGGUUCCAUCCAUUCUCGUCCGCGGACAGUACAAAAUUGGCGGCCGCGUCUUCGAGCUCCCGGUGGUGGGAGAGGGCGCCUUUGGGACAAACCUAACGGCCUUGACAGUGAGUGGUUACGGCGAAGUGAGGCCUCAUCAGGGGUUCCUACGAAUAGGCAACAUUGUCUUGGACUUCAGUUUCAAGACGUUGUCGACCAAGAUGCAUAACCUCUUUCCUGACAACCAAGUUCUCAGUGACACCAUCCACCACUUCUUGAACAACAACCACGAAGCGUUGGCUGCCGAGAUCAGACCUGAAGUGUCGCGCCAGCUCAGCAUCUUCUUCGCUCAGAUCUUCAACCGUAUCCUGCCUACGGUGCCAGCUGCAGUGCCACGUGGUGCCAGCAUCAACACCAACGACAAGCACAGGAAGAAGACCCUUCAGGAUAUGGCACUUCGCCGCAAUGAUCAGUCCGUCAGGGGCUGAGUGCUGACUUUAGCACUCAGUUGUAUACGUCGGAUUGGCGGGAGGCGUUGACAUGUAUAUUCUAGUUUCCAGGAGUUUCCAAUGGCAAACUAGAAACUCAAAAGUGUCUGAUCGUGAGAUACUUGAUGCUUUCAAAUACAUAGACGUAGUGAUGCCGAACUGCUUUUUCAGUUUUGUUGUAACGUAUGACUUCGGAGCCGCGAUAAACUGUUCUUUGAUC